UCAAGAGAUCUGCCUCAAACCAUUCUUAAAAUGUUGGAAUAGAUGAGAGAACCUACAUAAUAAGGUUCUCUCUCUCUCUCUCUCUCUCUCUCUCUCUCUCUCUCUCUCUCUCUCUCUGUGUGUGUGUGUCUACAUGCAUGUAAGAGUCUGUGGCAAAGGAUAGACAGAAUAAGAUAAGACCACAGAUUUUACAUCAGCGGAGCAAAUUUUAGAAUUUUGUUUCAAUAUCAUAAAGCUGGUUUGGUGGCACAUGUCACCAAAUGCUAUUAUUCCAGAAGUAGAGACAGGAUCAGGAGUUUAAGUCCAUCCUCGGCCACAUAGCAAGUUUGAGGCCAGCCUGGGCUACAUGAGAUCCUGUCUUAAAACCCCCAAACCAACAAAAAGGCAGUUCCUGAAAACUUCCUUCUCAGCAUCUCUGUUUAUUCUGCUACAACACAGCAGAAGGAAAGCCAAGACUAUAGAGACUCCAUAGCAUGCAAAUUUAGUUAAGUGGAGCUCGGUCCAAAAUGGCCACUCUCGAACACUGCUAAAACACAAACAAAGCCUGUCAGGAGGAGAACCUCAUCGGUGCUAAUCAAGGCAAUGCAGACGAGAGUCACCUACCCAAAUAGGGGAGAGCCCAGCACCCUCACUUCUCCCAGCAGGCUAUCCUGGGAACCAAGGCUCAGUGCAAGCCACAAACCUAAGCUCUUCCAAACGUCUUUGAUCCUGGAGCUGAUUAUUCUUUCUCAUGCCAUGGGCCUCCUGUGUGAUGCUAACUGUUCCCAAGUUGGGAUCAUUUCUUGCUUCAUAAACCAGAAUCAUAGAGGUUGGGAAAUCUGAAACCCAAAGUGCUCCGAAAUCUGAAACCCUCUGAGUGGCGACAAAAUGGACUUGGCAGCAUUUGGACUUUGGAUUUUCAGAUUAGAGAUGCUCAACCAUUAAACACGUAUCCCAAACCCCCAAAUGUCAACUCCAAGCCCCAAAGCCAGCCAGUGAAGCUCUGGAAUCAGAAGCACAUGGGGCCAGGUGUGGACGAGGUGUGCUCGGCCUGUUCUGCGUUGUGCGGAAUCACACAUUGGGGUGGCUCCAGGCUCCUGACUACCGCUCAAUGCAAUGGCCAGUUUUCCAGAUGCCAUCUAGGCUCCUCACGGCUCAUGGGAACUCCAUGUAUCCUCCCAUGUCUGUCAACCCAUCCCAACCCUAUAACAGACCCACCUUCUAGCUUCCCUUCAUUUCUUUUUAAGGCAGGGUCUCUACAUAGCCCUACCUGUCCUGAAACUUGCUCUGUAACCAAGUAAAUUUACUUGCCUCUGCCUCUCAAGUGCUGGCAUUAACCUUUUUGUUUCAUUUUGAAUCUCACAUAUUUUAGUACCUAUCGUGACAGGUCUGGUUGGCUCCAUUUGAAAAAUGAAAUGACUGACAUAUUUUAUGGUGAAUUACAUGUAGUAUACGAAGUAUGUAGAAAUCUUUAUUUUUUUUUCUUUUUUGUUUUUUUUUUUCGGGGCUGGGGAUCGAACCCAGGACCUUGCGCUUCCUGGGCAAGUGCUCUACCACUGAGCCAAAUCCCCAACCCCAGAAAUCUUUAUUAAGGCAUGAGAAAUACCAUUGCCUUAAUGUAAGUAACAAGGUCCCACUUACGGAGCCAUAUCAGCCUUGUUCUUGCCUGAGUGGGAAAGUUCCCUUUGCCUGGGGCUCCCCAGACUUUGUCUCCACUCCUGUUGAAAGACUGCUCAAGAUAUCUAGAUGAGACAAAAAGGACACAACCUUCACGGGGUUGGCGCCAAGUCACAAACACAGCUUUGCUAGAACCAAACACUGCUCUGAGAGAGCUUGUGCCAGCUAAAGCCCUUCAGACGCCUUUGCCUGCUCAUUCAAGUCUGGGCUUCCUUUGACUCUUAUCUCUCGGCUUGCAUCUGCUGGGUAAAUUCCUGAGGGGUGACUUCAGCGAUGACUGAGGCUCAACCACAGGUCUGCAAGAUAACGCCACAGAAUCGGACCUGGUUGCUUGGGCUUCCUCUCAAAUGUGGUACUAAUUACAGAAAUACCUUUAUCUCCUAAUUACAUACAGAUCAAACCACACUCUUUCCCUUCAGCCAUCUGUGGAAAUAGGAGGUUAAGUAACUCAAGGGAGGCUUUCUCAGGCAAUUACAAUUGUUCCUUAGUAUCCAAGGGGAAUUUGGUCCAGCAUCCGUACAUAUGCCCAAGCCCACGGGUGCUCAGGUCCGCUCUGUAAAAUGGUGUGGUGUGCCACAGAAAUCAUCUCUGGGUUAUUAUCCAACCCUGGGUGGGCAAGACAGCUCGAUGGGUAAAGGUGCUUAUUGCCAAGCCUGACGACCUGAGUUUGAUCCCUGAGGGAUCAUGGAUGGAAGGAGGAGAAAGCCAACUUUCAAGGGCUGUCCUCUGAUCUCCAUAUGCACAUGUGGCAUAUAUACACGUGUACAUGUAACAAAUGUCUUAAGAUACCUGUUAGAUUUAAUGCUUGAGGAAUAGCAACAAGAAAGUCUGUAAUGUCCAGCCCCAAUUUCCUGUUUUUACAAAACUCCAGUCAGAAACUCAAAACAGCAGUUUUUACGAUCAAGAAUUCUAUUAUAAUACAACCCAUAGAUACACUAAUUUGACAUUUACACACUGAAGAAUGAUGGCAGGAGACAUUAAAGUCUCUCUCUCUGUAACUAAAUCACUGUGUUUCUAUAAGACCAGAAAUGUUUGCCCAAUAAAAACAAUGCAGUUCCCAACACUGAGCAGCCUUAACUCCAAGCUGAGGUGUCUCAGACAGCAUUCUUUGGUAGCAUGUAGCACAACAAAUAUGCUGUGUAAAGUGUAUGUGUUGUAAAGUUACAAGAUACCACAUGAGCAAGUGCUUCCAAAACCACCUUGGAUCUGGUUUUGAAUUGAGGUUUGGUGGUGACACAUUAAAGAACCUUACUGCUGCUAAUGUUUUGGUGACAGACACAUUCUGUUAUGUGACACCCAUUAGCUGUCGAUUCACAGUUUUACAAGCUGAUAUAGAUUAAUUUGUUCUUGGCCAUCAAUGGGACUCAGUCAUAAAACCCACAAUCUGUGUAUCCCAUUGUCUAUAUCCAUUCCUUAUUGGUCAUCAGUGCACCAAGAGGGACCCUGUGUGGGAUCAGGUGAUGGGCAGUGCUUGUAUACAAAGUUAAGGCUCAGUAAAAUACACCUCAAGCCACCGAUUCUUAGAAAGAAAGGGUCUCAAUCAAGGAUAGGUUAGGGUGUGGCUAGAGACCCUCUUGGGAAGGGUUAAUCACUUCAAAUACCCCACACCAGCAAUAGACCAAGCAGAUCUAUGUAUGACCUAGUGUCAUGCUGACAGCCUAGAGACCCACUAUGUUCUUGAGUUUCAUCUGGGACAAGUUCACCAACAGAUGAGGUGGCUUUUCAGUGUGCUAAGCUGAGGAAGCUAAACUUGAUACUCAGGUUCCUGGCAGGAGACAGAACUGGCCCUGAAAUAGCAGCUGUGUAGAACUCCAGCUGUGAAGGGACAACACGGAGCAGAUCUUGUUCACAGAGAAGGCGGGAGGGAGAAGAGGGAGGGGGAGAUGCCAAGGAGAGGAGAGGGCAGUAGCAAAAUGAUGGAGCAUGUCAAGGGUAAGAAUAGAUGAAAGGGAGAAAACAGAUGAAAGACCAGGGAGCUGGGCAUUCGAGAUACGGAAGGCUAUGCAGAUAGGCAAAUUCACAAGAGCUAUGUGGGAGCUACGUGGGAGAGAAGCUCUUUGCAGAUGACAGCCUUUAAUCUGUGAUUCGGGAACAGCUCGUGUGAGGAGGACGGCAACGAGAAGGAAUGGCGGAGGAGUUUCUGCAGGAAGUUUAUGAAAUCUGGCCGCCCAAAGCUAGCAAGCUGUGCAAUUGCUGGGGGGAAAAAGUUCUAUAUCUACCACUGGGUUUUAAGUAAGUGCCAUCCAUCUCUUGGGUCCCUCCUUUCUUGGUGCUUUUCCCAUUUCCAAAUUCCCCUGAACUUGGCAAAGAUACAAAAGCUUCUACUUCACCCUCUCCUGUCACCUGUCCUGGGCUUCCGGUCCUUUACCCUUCAGUGUCUGCCAUUUAUCUUUUGGCAUACAUGGGGCCUCUUGGCCCUUCUCAGAAUUCAGAGACUCUGCCCAGGAGCCUGUCACUCUGGUCUCCCUUCUCUUCCUACACUAGAGUGUUUCUCUUGAAGGUCCCAGCAUAGCCGGCCUGACCAGCAAAGCAGGAAACUGAAUGGGUGAAUCUCCCUGGCUUCUUAUCCCUGGGACUCCUAACCCGGUCUGUGGAUCAGAUCUGGAUCUCCAACCUUGCUGGGUUUCCUGUGACAUCCAGGUUCUCCUUUAUUUGCAAGCAACCUCUCUUACUUGCUCAUAUCCAUCCUCCGUCCGUCCAUCCAUCCAUCUAUCCUCUAUCCAUCCAUCCAUCCUACCAUGGACCCCACCAUGCACCCAAACCAUCCAUGCAGACUGAGUGCUGCUUAGUCACUUCUGUUUCCUGGUUUCCUGACCCAUGCUGUAUCCCUGGUUGGAGAUCCAGAUCUCCUAUUGAUGAUGGUCUCCUUCCUAGCCUGCUUUGCCUCUUUCCCUAUUCCCUGUCCUCUUGAAGACAUGAUUUGAUCUAUAAGAAGAGAUGAAUGCUAGUACAUUAACUAUUGGAGACAUAUUUACCCACUUUCAUCAACAGACUGAUGAAAAAUCCAACAGUAUUAUUACAUAAACCAACAAAGAAGGCUAGGAUUAAGCUAUACUAUGGACUAAACAGACAGGCAGUCAUUAACAGAACACUGCACUCUGCUGCUUCUCAGACAUUUGCCUAAGACUAAGCAUGGUACAACACAUGACACCCAAGAGCUGUGGGUGUAUAUUCUUCUCAACGCACAGAGAACAUUGUCCAGCACAAACUAUUGUAGGCCACAAAGUAAAUCUCAAUAAUUAAACAAGUAAAAUCUUAUAACCAAAGUAUGUUAAUACAUGAAAUAUCAUAAAUAAAUGUAUAGGUUUAUAAUGUGCAAUUUAUAUAAUGAUGUGCAAAUAAUAACAUAUGCAUGAACACAUUUAAGGCGAGGAAGAGGAGGAUCGUGAUGAGAAGCAUAUACUCCUCUGCUAGGAAUAGUAGAGUAUGCUUGGAACCGGUAAGGGGAACUCUAGCAACUACAGUUUCCUGCCGUAAGCCCUGUUGUAUCAUGGUGAUGUUUAAGAACGCUGCCCCUCCUAUAUCUUUGAGCUAGUCAGUGUAUUAAUUUGUAAUUUUAUAUAUCUUCUCUAUCAGUAAUAGUAGAAUACUACCUGAAACUGGUAACGAGGGGAAUGUUAGAAACUGUACAUGGGAAUUAGGUAUGUUCUCUUGAGUGGUUAAUACAGCGAUGAAGAAAUCAAAAGGAAAAUGUUUUAAUUAAACCCAGUAUAAAUAAAACAAGCAGGUAGAAAACAACCAAUUGAGGCAGUAAUAAAUCCCUCUAAACCUUUCAAGGGAAGUUACCCCCAAUGUUUGCCAAACUGUUCCUUAAACCAGAAGGAGAAGGGACGCCAUCAAACCCAUCCUAUGGCACCAGAAUUACCCUGAUAGCAAAACUGGGUAAGGACAUAAGAAAGAAAGAAAACUAAAUGCCAGCCUCUCCAGUGAAUGGAGAUGCAGAAAUUCUUAAUAAGACCCUGCGAGGCAAAGGCAGUGAUACAUUAAGAUCGUGCACUCUGAGCAGGUGGCUUUGUUCCAGAGACACAAGCCUGAUCCAACAUACACAAAUCAGUAACUGAAACCCAGCAUGGACACAGGCUUAAGGUUAGAAAUCACCUGAUCCUCUUUAGACAGAGUUCAACAUCCUUCCCUAAUAAAAGGCCUCCAAAGGGUCAGAGAGAUGGCUCGGUAGUUAGGGCACUGGCUGCUCUUCUAGGGACUUGGGUUUGAUUCCCAGCACUGAAUGGUGGCUUGUAAUUGUUUCAGUCCCAGGGAUCUAAUGCCCUCUUCUGCCCUCCCUGGGCACUGCAUGCAUAUGAUGCACAAACACACAGCCAAAAUACAUAUAUAUAUAUAUAUAUAUAUAUAUAUAUAUAUAUAUAUAUAGGUUAAAAAUGGCUUCAAGAAACUAGGAAUGAAAUGAAUAUAACAUAAUAAAGGUCACGGAUGACAAAUCGAUGGCCAACACUAAUGGUAAAUACAGAGCGGGUCCUCUAAACACUGGGAGAAAACAAGGGGGUCAGUCGUGCCGAUCUUUAAACAGCACUCGAAGCCUUAGAGCAGUGGUACAAGAAAUAAAAGGGAUGCAAAUGGGAAAGUAAGUCAAAUUAUCCCUAUUAACAGAUCACACGAUUCUUAUAUUUCAAAUACCCUACAGAUUCUAAAAUCCAACUCAUGAACACCACAAGUGCUUUCAGCAGGUGGUAAGAUGCACAACCAACAUGCGAGGAAAGUUAAGUUUUCUUUUUCUUUCUUUUUUUUUUUUUGGUUCUUUUUUUCGGAGCUGGGGACCAAACCCAGGGCCUUGCGCUUCCUAGGCAAGCGCUCUACCACUGAGCUAAAUCCCCAACCCUGAAAGUUAAGUUUUCUAUAAAGCAAACUUGCUGAGAAAGGAAUCAGGAAGAAAUCCACCCACAAAAGCUAAACUAACAAACUAACUAACAAACAACAACAACAGGAAGAAAGAAAGAAAGAAAGAAAGAAAGAAAGGAAGGAAGGAAGAAAGAAAGACAGACAGACAGACAGACAGAAAAGAAAAGAAAAUCACAAACCAUCCAAACCUCUAGGAAUAAACCUAACCAGAGACAUGAAAUGUUUUUUAAAAUGUAUGUGUGUUGGUGUUUUCUCUGCAUGUGUGUCUGUUCACCCUGUGGCUUGAUGCCCGCAGAGACCAGAAGAUCGUGCUAGAUCCCUUAGAACUAGAAUUGCAGGUGGCUGAGAGCCACCAUGUCGGGGCUGGGAAUUGAACCCUGGUCCUCUGGGAGUGCUCCAAACUGCUGAGCCACCUCCCAGCCCUGGCUGAGAAAGACUUUUGUAUGGAGAACGUAAAGACGCAGAAAAAUAAAUAUUGGGGAAGAGACUAAACCGAUUUGGGGAAACCUCACAUGCCCACGGAUUUGGCAGAAAUAUUAUUGUGAAAAUUAUUGUUAUGUCCAAAAGUAAUCUCCAUGAAAAUCUUAAUGACAUUCCUCAUAGGAGUAGAAAAACUAACCCUAAAGAUUGUAGGAAGUACAAGUGGUCCUGGCUAGCCAAAGAAAUCCCAAGUAGAAAGAACAGGGCUGGAGGCAUCACAAUGCCUGGUCUCAAAAUAUACUACAGAGCCAUAGUAACAAAACACGGUGCUGGCAUAAACACAGACAUACAGAUCCCUGGAACAGAACACAGUACCCAGAAAUAAGCUCACACCAUUGCAGCCAUCAAAUUCUUUGCAAAGCUGUCAAAAACACGCAUUGGAGGACCACCAAGCAUGACCACCUGAAUUUGAUCCCUGGAACCCACGUGGUUGAAGGAGAGAACCAACUGGCUCCCUCCUACAUGUUGUCCUCUGACCUCUGCAUGCAUGGCAUGCUGUGGCAUACACGCCCACACACAUACACUCAUAAAAUAACCUAAUAGAGGUAAACAUUACAAAACAAAAGGAGCCUCUGAAACAAAUGGUGCUAGGAAAAUGGGUAGUGCAAGGUCAAGGAAUGAAACCAGACAUGUGUGGUGGGUUUGAAUAGGAACAUCCCCCAAUAGAUUCACGUGUUUAAAUGCUUGGCCAUAGGGAGUGGCACUAUUAGGGGGUGUGGCCUUAUUGGAGAAGGUGUGGCCUUGUUAGAGGAAGUGUGUCACUGGGGAGGUGGGCUUUGAGGUCAUAUAUGCUCAAUCUAUGUCCAGUGAUACAGUUGCCUAUUAGCUGCCUAUCAAGAUGUAGAACUCUCGGCUUCUCCAGCACCAUGCUGCCUGCAAGCUGCCAUGCUUCCCGCCAUGAUGAUAAUGGACUGAACCUCUGAAACUGUAAGCCAGCCCCAAUGAAAUGUUCUCCUUUAUAAGAGUUGCUGUGGUUAUGGUGUCUCCUCACAGCAGUGAAACCCUAACUAAGACACAGGGAUCUCUCACCUUGCACACAAAUUCAUUCACAAUUGAUCAAAGGUCUUAAUGUAAGACCUAAGAUGUUGAAAAUAGCUAGAGGAAUCAAAUUGGGAUAUACUUAAAGAUAUAGGCAAUGGCCAGGAUUUUCUGAAAGGGACUCUAUAGGAAAGGAAGCAGUGCCAACAAUUAACAGAUGGUAUUUAUGAAAUUAAAAGGAUUUCACAUAGUAAAGGAAACUUCCAGAAGAGAGAGCCUACAGAAUGGGAAGAAAAUCUUUUUCAACUAUACAUCAGGCAAGGAAUUAAUAUCUAGGAUGUGUAAAAAGCUGCAAAAGUUCAACAGAACCAUCUGGUCAAUAAAUAAAUAAAGCUAAGGAAACAGCUCUCAAAAGAAGAACUAGCGGGAUGGAGAGAUGGCUCAGCGGUUAAGAGCACUGACUGCUCUUCUAGAGGUCCUGAGUGCAAUUCCCAGCAACCACAUGGUGGCUCACAACCAUCUGUAGUGAGAUCUGAUGUCCUCUUGUGGUAUGUCUGAAGAGUGAUAGUGACAGUACACUUAUAUAUGCAAUAAAUAAAAAAAUCAUAGGGGUUAAAAAAGAAGAAAAAUCAGCAAUGGUCAACAGAUACUUUUUAAAGUGGUCAACGCCCUCAGCCAUCAGGGAAAUAAACUGAGACUGCUCUGAGAGUCCAUCCCAGCCCAGUAAGAAUGACUGAACUAUCAAAUGACAACAAAUAGUGAGGAGGACACGGAGAAGGGGAGCCCUCAUAGCCUGCUGGUGGCACAUAAGCUCGCACAGCCAUUGUGGAGAUAAUGGAGAGUCCUGAAAAGCUGAAAACAGAAGGACCAUAUGAUGCAUCUGUACCCAGAGGACUCUAAGUCAACACAGCUCAGAGAUACUCCAACAUCCGUGCUCCCUGCUGCACUGCUCACAGUCGUAAGGAAAUGGUGCCAGUCAAUAGCUGAUUGGAUAAAAACCGUGGUACUUACACACAACGGGAUGUUAUGUACCCGUAAGGGAAACUGUAAUCAUGGCAUCUGCUGGAAAAUGGAUGGAAAUGGGCAUCAGUGUUUUAAGAGAAACAAGCCAGGCUCAGAAGGAUGGACGCCAUGUUUCCUUUUCUGCACAGACUCUAGAUUUACAAUUAUCCGUGUUGGUGUGGUAGGUGUGCAUGUUGUGCGUGGGUGUGAAUAUGCAUGUGUGUGUAUAGGUCACAAAACUAGAAAGAGGAUUACAAAAUGAGAGGAAGACAUCUUUUAAAAAAACUGGGGAGGGGUGAUCUGGGAUGUGUUAUAUUUUUAUGUGCAUGGGUGUUUUGCCUGUAUGUAGGUCUGGGCACCACAAGCAUGCAGUGCCCCAGGAGGCUAGAUGAAGCGUUGGCUCUCCUUGAGACUGGAGUUAUGGAAGAUUAUGAGUUACCGCGUGUGUGCUGGAAAUCUAACCUGGGGUCCUCUCAAAGAGCAGCCAGUACUCUUAACAGCUUAGGCCAUCUUUCCAGGAAGAGAAUUUGAGGGAGGUAGGGAAUAGGAAUAGAGAGGGUAAACAAAAUACAUGUAAUAAGAAAGCAAGAGGGUAUGGACAGAUGGCUCGGCGGUUAAGGCCACUGACUGCUCUUCCAGAGGUUCUGAGUUCAAAUCCCAGGAACCACAUGGUGGCUCACAACCAUCUGUAAUGGGAUCUGAUGCUCUCUUCUGGUGUGUCAGAAGACAGCAACGGUGUACUCACAUACAUAAAAUUAAUAAAUCUUAAAAAAAGAAAGAGGCCCCAAUCACUGAGCCGCCGCCAUGGACUCAGCUGCCUCCCCCUUGACAACCCUCCCGCCUGCCUUCUCCCAGCCAGUUUCACCAAGGAAAAGGAAUCGUAUCGUAUGUCCGCUAUCCAGAACCUCCACUCUUUCGACCCUUUUGCUGAUGCAAGUAAGGGUGAUGACCUGCUUCCUGCUGGCACCGAGGAUUAUAUCCAUGUAAGAAUUCAACAGAGAAACGGUAGAACGACCCUUAUAACUGUCCGAUAAAAAAAAAAAAAAACAAAAAAACCCAAAAAACUAGUGAAGGCGUUUGAGAAGACAUUUGCCUGCAAUGGUGCUGUAAUUGAGCAUCCAGAAUAUGGAGAAGUAAUUCAGCUACAGGGUGGCCAGCCCGAGGACAUAUGCCAGUUCCUGAUAGAGACUGGACUGCCUAAGGACGAUCAGCUGAUGGUUCGUGGGUUUUAAGUGCUUGAGGCUCUUUGAAGCUUAAGUGAGUAUUUCCUUGCAAUGAGUAGAAUUUCCCUUCUGUCCCUUGUCACAAGUUUAAAAAUCCCACAGCUUGUAUAAUGUAAUCAUUUGGGGUCCGCUUUUAACCUGGACUAGUGUAACUCCUUCAUGCGAUAAACUGAAAAGAGCCAAAAAAAGAAAAGAAAAAGAAAAAGAAAGGAAGGAAGGAAGGAAGGAAGGAAAAAAGAAAGAAAGCAGAAGGAGAAACUAAUGGGGGAAGAAAGGAACUCAGCUGGAGUGUGAGAGGGACAGGGGAAUAGGGAAAAAUGAGAACUAAAUAUAAUGACACAGACAUAUGAAGGUAUUAUGAUGAAACCCACGGUACCAUAUGCUAACCUAAAAACUCAGUGAAAAACAAGAUGUCCUUGCAUCAAUGGACUCUAGGCAACUGCUACCGAAAUACCACAGAAACAGAAGAGAACAUUCUUAGAAUUUGUAUGGAAUGACAGAGAUUCGAAACAAAGCAAAUCUCAGUAAAGGGAAGAAACCUGGAGGCAUCACAAUGUCCAUCUUCAAAACAAACUACAGGUCAUGUGAACCGAAGACUCAGGGCACCCACAUACAAAGAGACCACAGGUCAAUGAGAAGCAGAGAACACAGAAAUGGCUCCACACAUUUCCAGCCGAGUUUUGAGCAAGUCUGAAGGAACAUACAUUAAAGGAAAAAUCUCUUCAAGUAAUUGUGCUGGGGAAACGAGAUACCCACAUAUAGAAGAAAACAGAUGUGAACCUCUCGUUAAAAAUUGACUCAAGCUGGGGAGUUCAUGCCUUUAAUCCCAGAAAAGUGGCAAAAACAAAAGAGCCAAGAGAUCUGAUUUAAAAAAAAAAACGGACCAAUGACCUGAGUAGACAUUGGUCAACAGAAGAUACUUUAAAAGGUCAACAGGCAGGUACCUGACGAAAUGCUAUGUACUUACUGUAUCCACCCUAAGUCACCUCAGUCCAUUAGGAGGAUCACAGGUGGUGAUGGGGAGGGAGGUCGUGGGGAGGGAGGUGAGGUGAAGGCUCACACAGCGUGGGGAUGUAAACUAGUACCGUGACCACAGAGACCACUGCGGGCUCUGCAGGGAAGCAGAGCAGAACUGCCUGUCCACCUUCGUGCAGAUGAAGUCAGUGCUCUGGCUUCCUACAAUUGUGACAAAUGGCUGAGGUGGCAAGUUUAUAAAGAGGUGAACCGUCCCUGGGGAGAUGGCACAGAUCCUGACUCUUUCUACCAGGAUGUCAAAGCAGCAGCUCCACUUACAGCCAUGGCAGAGAUGGGAUGAACCUAGAACUCCAUCACGGUUGUGUUCUACAGAUACAGAAACGAUGUAGCGUCCAUUUAUAAUAGUAUUAUUCAGCCAUGGAAAGAUCGAGAUUCUAUCAUUUGAGGCAACAUGGGUAGAACUGGAAGGCAUGACAUGAAACAGGCACUGAAGUGGGGUGGGACAGAGAGAGAUGGUUCAUGGGUAAGCAGAUGGAUAAGAAGGUAACUUCUGAUGUCAAAUGGUAUGGUGUGUGUGUGUGUGUGUGUGUGUGUGUGUGUGUGUGUGUGUAACUGAAUAUUUCAAAACAGUAUUUUUAAAAGUUCCAAGUACAACAAAAUAUUAAAUAUCUGAGAUAGUGGCCUUAUCUUUACACAUUUGCACAAUUAUCUGUUCAUUAAAAAUAAAAACACUGGUGCUGGAGAGAUGGCUCAGAAGUUAAGAGCACUGACUGCUCUUCCAGAGAACUUGGAGUUCAACUCCCAGCAACCACAUUAUGGCUCUGCCUUAGUGUUCUCUUGCUGUGAAGACACCUCAGGACCACAGUAACUCUUAGGCAAAGAUAGCAUUUAAUUGGGGCUUGCUUACAGUUUCAGAGGUUUAGUCCAUUAUCGUCAUGUGGGGAGCAGGCACACAGGAUGGAGGAGGGUUCUACAUCCAGAUCAGCAGGCACCAGAAGAGAGAGCCAUUGGGCCUGGCUGGCUUGGGCUCUUGAAAUAUCAAAGCCCUCUCCCAUUGGUACACUUGCUCCAACAAGGCCACACCUCCUAAUCCUUUCAAACAGUGCUAUUUCCUGGUGAUUAAGCAUUCAAAUAUAUGAGCCUAAGAGAGUCAUUCUUAUUCAAACAGGCUCCUAAUUGGCUCUAAUUCCAGUCCCAAGGGAUCCAUUGUUGUCUUCUGGCCCCUUAAGACAGUGCUCUCAUGGGGUGCUUAGAUAUUUGUGCAGACAAAACACUCAUAUACAUAAAAUACAAAAUAACAAUAAAAUACUGCUCUUCCCUGGGGAUCCUAAAUGGAACAGACUUGCAGGAGUGGAUGCAUGUUGAAAAUUCAGCUUUACCUAUAACCUACCACCAUGGCCAAGAAAGGCACUGCUGCUGGAGAGGCAAUGGAUGUGCUAACAACAGUUAUGAAAGGAGGGAGAGACUGCUCUUAGGCACGGUGGUUCCUCGAAUGUGGAAUUCUGGACCCUGCCAAGCCCACCUCCGUGUGAUAAGCCUGCCUGCGUAUGUCAGUUUGGCCUGUGGGGCUGAGUACAAAAUCAACUUGCUUAAGGUAUUGACACCAAGAAACUAGGAGGAUCCGGUCCUCUGCAAAACUGACCUGCCAUUAUGUGGCUGUCUGCAGCUGUGUAGCAGUUAAGGCCCACGGCAAAGAGUCCCAGGCCAAGGCUAUUACCAAAAUGCACUUCAGAUGUGAGGAAUUAGCGAUAACAGCAAAACCAAAACUGACUCACUAAAAAAACAAAGUUCUGAACUUGCCAGUGGUAACCACACGCCUUUAAUCCCAGCACUCAGGAGGCAGAGGCGGGUGGAUCUCUGUGAGGUUCAAGGCUUGCCUGGUCUACAAAGUGAGUUCCAGGACAGUCAGGGCUAUACAGGCAAACGCUGUCUCAACACACGCACACACGCACUCAUAAAAUUCUGGAGAUAUCUCAGCCAUGGCUGCAAAGUUAUAUGAAUUAGUAAAUGACACUGAACAAUAAACUUAAAAAUAAUUAAAACUUUUGUUAUGCAUAUUUUACUGCACUAAAAGAGACACAAAUGUGAAAGCAUCUCAGGCAGUUGAACCACAGCGCCACCUUCUGGCCUUGGCCAGGGAAGCCAGCCUAACAUUGGGGAACAGAUAUUCUCAUUUUGUCCCUUCUGCCACCAUUGUGAACCCUCUUACCCUGGAGAGCCUCAAAGCAAAAAGGUCAUUUGUAGUUCUUUAGGGCCACAAAUCCUCCUCAUACCGGUGGCUGCUAACACAGGUGCAGUACAUGAAAAGCUCUCUCCAAGCCUGGCAGAGGGCUGCAGACAGCUCAUUAGCACUGAAAUAGCAACGCCAGACAGGACUCUUUCCAGCUCUG